AUGUUGCAAUGGCCCAAAUCCGCUCGGUCGACUUUUAUCUCGGUCGCUAGCCAGUAUUUCGAGCGACGACCGCUGGCUCGCCUGCUUUCAACAUUUCUGUGUUGUCUGGCGAUUGUUGUGCGGCCGGUUUCUCGCCUCGGUGGUAACUAUGCCUUCCUGGUUCUUCCCUUCCAAGCGCUCGUCUUCGGCGUGCAAGAGAGUCUAGCGCAACAACUGGAGCUCACCGCGUUGAAUAUCGCUGGAGCGUUAUGUGGGAUCGGGUUCUCCACGCUGGGGAAGUACGUGGCCUCCUUGACGGGCGAAGACUCCAACCGUGCAAGGGUUAUAUGCGCCGUCUUCCUGGUGGUGCUCAGUUUCUUUGCCGGGCUCACGAAGAGUCGAUUGGUUCGUCUAACGCUUUCCAUGCGAAUAUCACUCUUCGCUUCGAUCUGGCUGUUGACGCUUGACAUUGGAGUAAAAUCGAAAGUCCUCGAGGACUCGGGACAUUUCCUCUAUGCAGCCAUUACGCCUGCGUGCCUGAGUCUUGUUUCCCUGCUCGUUGUCAUGACCUUGCUGCGCUGGUCAUCGUCCAGUUUCGAGAAGGACAUGACAGAGACGUUUGCGCUGCUGCAGAAAUGUCUGUCGGUCAGCCUUGAGCACAUAGGGAAGGAGUUGACGGAUGAACCGGAGGAGUACGUGAAGCUGCGCGACCAGCUGUUCCAGCGCACGGUACGCCUCAACGAGACGUACUCACAGGCUGCGUUUGAACUGCGUGUCGGACGCCUGAGCUUGAAGUCGAUUCGCCCGCUGAUUGGGAUCGUGGAACACCUCCGGCGCGAACUCGCAUGGGGCAUGUCCACCGCACAGAUCUCCAAGCGAACCCCCAAAUCGACCCCGAUGAUGACGAUGACCCGCGCCUCGUCUCGUAUGAACUCGCCCAUGGCGUCGCGGCGCAACUCCAUCCGACACAGUCCCGCAGUGACCUUACAGGCGCUCGCGUCGGACGAGCGGAUCACUGCCGCGAUCGAGGCGCCGGCGUUCUCGCUCGGACACGCGAUCGUCGGCGCGAUGCGUGCGGUGCAGCUUGUGAUCAUCGUCGCGUUCGACCAGGACACGAGCACGUACAGCGCGCCCGCGGGCAGGCCGACCUCGAAUUCGGUGAAGUACUCCUUGCACGUGGCGGAGAAGGAGCUCAUCAAGGCCAGGGACGAAGCUCGCGAGAUGCUCGGGCACAUACACGACGAGAUGGACUUGGAGGCGCGCGAGAUGGACAAGAAUGUUCGGUACCCGAAAAGGGUCCUCGAUGGGAGCCUUAUCAUGAUCGCUCUUCUGCAGAUGGCGCAGGAGAUGCGUACGGCGCUGCAGGUUGCCGACCGCAUGUACACGCAGUACGAAGAGUCCCACGUUCGCCUGUGGUACCCGCGUAUUUCCCUGGCCUGGCUCGGGGUAGCCCAAGGACACCUAAUCUCCGACUCCGGGGAUGCAACCGUGCAGGUCCAGGCUGUAGCGCCAAAUGCAACGGGCUGGGAGACGUCAAAUGACGCGGAAGCCAGUUUGACGUUGGCCGAAACUGCGGAAGGAUUGCUUGAGAAAGGCUACAGCCUCAAUAACAGCCGCCUGCCUGGUGGGCUGUCCUUCUCGAUUUUGGGCGCGAAGGAGCGCGCGGCGCGUUCUAGGAAGAGAAUACUGUUUUUCUCAAUCCCGGACCUCGUGGGGUGGCUGUGGUCGCACUCGUGUAUGAUCCGGCUGAGGUUGCGGAUGGCGCGGGGGUACAGAAGCGUCUCGCAUUCACCCCAUCUCCGACAUGCGACGAAGAACGCUAUCGGGGUCGCUGUCCUGAGUCUGCCCGCCUUCCUCCCGGGCAAUUCUGCAGCCCGUGUGUGGUUCACCUCUUGGCACGGCGAAUGGAUGGUCAUCAGUUAUGUAUGGGUCCUGGAGACGAGUACCGGAGCCACCUGGCGAAUGGGCUAUCUACGCCUGGUCGGUGCAGCGGCAGCGGCCCUUUAUGCUUACAUAGUUUGGCUCAUCUGUCGCACCAAUCCGUACGGAUUGACUAUCAUGGUUACUGCGGCAGAGAUACCUUUCACAUGGCUCAGCACCAAGGCCAAUCUUGGUCCCCUGGCGGUUCCCGCGGCAGUCACCUUACCGAUUAUUGCGUUCGCGGAUUACGUGAACCCUACAACACAGUCGAUUAUCGCGCUUGCGGGAAUUCGUGCACUCAUGAUCGCUAUCGGCAUUGUUGCGGCAUUGCUCAUGAACGGUCUGGUCUUCCCGAGGCACUGCCGAGUUCUCUUCCUUUCCGACACCGCUCGAACGCUCGGUUUGCUAAGUCAGCUUUAUAUGACUCUGGGACACCAUAUGUUCCGAGCACAACCUGCACUCGCGUACGACGAUAAGCGCAAAACACUGAAGAUGGAACUUCAGAUCCGGUACAGCUUGUACCUCCUUAACGCCUUGAUUACGACUAUGCACGAUGAGAUCAGUCUCGUACCGAAACCACUCGCUCACUAUCGGAGGACAGUUGCGACGGUGCAGAAACUGCUCGAUGCAAUGACCGGCCUCCGCAAAAUUAGGGAGAAUAUCCCUCGUAAAGAAACUGUGUCCAACGUAUUUGGUGAACGACGUGAAUUCAUGUCUUGUGUGUGUAUUACGCUAUACGCAUGUCAACAUGCAUUCCGCGCUCGGGAACCAUUGCCUCAAUUUCUCCCUUCACCAAAACAUGCUCUCGAGACCCUGGAGUCGCACGUCCAGGACAGUAUCAGGCGAGCACGCGAGGAAGACCCUCAUUGCAUGGGAUUAUCUCUCAUCUAUGCUUUUGCCGAACUGGAGGUAUUGAAGCACAUGGUGUGCACGCUGGAGGAGCUGCUCGAGCUGACAGGGCGACUGUUCGGGACGACAGCAUGGCUGACGCAUCCCCAGCAUGUGUCGAUGGCUAGCCUGCACGAGGAAGUAGGAGAUCAUGGAUGGUACAGCCCAUUCAAGUGGGAAGAAACAUAA